UUUCGAACUCUGAAUCCUACGUUCCUGCACCUUUAUACAUACUUCAGAUAAUAAAAAAUGGUUCGAGGAUUGUUCGUGAUCGCCAUGGUGGUACUGGCAGCCGGUGUUGUACACAGUCAGAAACAAUGGUUAGAACUGCAAGACUCGCUGAUACAACUAAGCAGAGCGGACGAGCAAGCGCAAGCGGCGGCGCACGCUUACGCGCAAGCGAGAGCGGACGUGGACGCGCGAGCGGAAGCGUACGCACGGACCGCGGAAGCGAGAGAGUUGAACCCUUCUAGGCGACAGACUAAUAUUAGGAUUCUGCUCAAAGCUCGUAACCCUGGACAGUCGGUUGACAGGGUCGAGUCGGAUUUCUUCGAUGAUGAUGAAGUAUAAUUAAAUAAGUUUAAUAAUUAUACAAUUAUACUUAUGAGCUGAAA